AUGACAUCAGCACCGAUAUUAGAACGGAAUCAGGAUGCUACAGUAUACGUGGGUGGGUUGGACGAGAAGGUGACAGAAGGUAUAUUAUGGGAGUUGUUCGUACAGGCUGGACCAGUUGUAAGUGUAAAUAUGCCCAAAGACAGGAUCACUGGCAGUCACCAAGGGUUCGGUUUUGUGGAGUUUAUGGGCGAGGAAGAUGCUGAUUACGCCAUCAAGAUUAUGAACAUGAUCAAACUGUUCGGAAAGCCCAUUAAGGUCAACAAGGCAUCGGCAAACGAGAAGAGUAUCGACAUUGGAGCCAACUUGUUUGUUGGUAAUCUGGAUCCAGAAGUUGAUGAAAAGUUGUUGUUUGACACUUUCAGUGCGUUUGGAAUGAUUUUACAAGUAGGUUUGUAUUAUAUUGUGGUUUGCUUGUAAAUUUAUGUUGAAUAUUUAUGAAGCGGGUAUGCUUAAAGCAAUAGGCUAUAUUAUACAUGAAAAUGGUAAUCAGUCUAAAUUACUAAUAGGUUUUUUAGAAUAAUAUUUACGCUAAAGUGCAACAAUGGGAUUCGAGGAUUUUUAUUUUAGGUACCGAAAAUCAUGAGAGAUCCAGAAUCUGGAAAUUCCAAAGGCUACGCUUUUAUCAACUUCUCCAGCUUCGAAGCCUCUGACAUGGCAUUAGAAGCGAUGCAUGGUCAAUAUUUAUGCAAUAGACCAAUCACAUGUUCUUACGCUUUUAAAAAAGACGCAAAAGGAGAACGGCACGGAACGGCGGCAGAGCGGUUACUGGCUGCUCAGAAUCCAAUCUUCACUCAAGACAGACCUCAUCAGAUGUUCGCUGACAUGCCUGGAGGAAUAAGAGGACCAAAUGCGACACAAGCUGUCGCUGCCGCUCAAGGUCUGCCAAUGCCAAAUGGUCUUCCACCAAUGGGAGGACUAAUGGGACAGUUGGGACACCCAGGAAUGGGGCUUACUGGCAUGGGAGGAGUACCCCCUAUGGGACUGGGCAUGGGAAUGCCUCCUCCACCCCCACAGUUCAUGGCACCACCGCCCAUGCCCAACAUGAUGGGCGGAAUGGUACCACCAAAUCCAAUGUUUAUGGGAGGCAGACCCAUUCCUCCGCCUCCACCACCACCACAAGGACAAAUUGGAGGUAGGGGAUUUAGCUUUUUAUUUUCAAUUAGGUUUAUAUUUGUGAUUUUAAAAUGUAAGUUUUUGUCUUAUUUUUACACAACAAUUAUACUAUUUAAUGAAAUAUUGUUUAGGACCUCCACCACCAGGUGCUAUGGGUUGGGCGAUACCUCCGCCGCCUCCUCCGAUGUCUACUGGUAUCACUGCUCCGACUCCACCACCACCCCCUCCAUCGGCGUUUGCCAUACCCCCUCCCCCGCCACCGGUAAAUUAAGCCUAUUACUAUUGUUCUUACGAUUGUUCACUGUUAUAACAUAAACACCGAUCUCCGGGAGUCAUUAAAUAAUAAAUUAAUGUUAUUGCAAAGGCAAUGGUUAUCUCUUCUACUGUGGUAACAUUUUAAACCAUUUGUUUUUGAAUUUGGUGGAAGUAUGUCUUAGGUUUUAACUUAAGAGGGCUACUGACAUGAUUAAUUAAUUUUUGAAAGCUUGGUAAUUACAGUAAUAAAUUGUUACUACCAUUUUGUGCAAGAAGCCACUGUCUUAUCACUCUUCUUUCAGAUCGCGUUGUCAAAUUGUGGUUUUGUACUACAGAAUGAUAAAUGGAGCCCGGAAUUGACACCUGGCUGAACCCGAGAGGCAAAGAGCUGUCCCCUCCCUCUCUGAUAAGACGGCCCUUUCACUUUCCUCCAGUCCUGCCUUGACCUUAAAUUCGAACGCGAAAGCUUAAUGACCGUGCGAGCGUUUUAGUCUGAGGCAUCGCAACAACAUGGCAUUUGGAUUCUUUUUGUUGACGUUGUUACUGUCUUCGUCUGCAGUCUUCUGUGAGGAUGAUGAAAUUCUUAUCCACAUGGGGAGAGAAGAGUUGGAUCAGUUCCAAAAUCCUUCACUUCAGGAUCCAGAUUCUGCCGAUGACCUGGGCGAAUUCAUGUCCGAUUUCUUCGCCGAUUCUGAAUCACAGUUAGUCGUGGAUCUGGAUCUGUUCCGUGAUAUUUACCGUGAAUUCAAAAAUUACGAGGAUUCGGCCAAAGACGGCGACGUCGACUAUCUUCAACAAGCCAUCGAGUUCCUCCAGCCUCUCCGUGAGUACGACGUCUCUGCACCGUGCUUAGCAGACUUGUCCCAUUUCCUGUGGACCACGUACAAUUAUGCACGCACGGCGAAGGAAGCUCGUAAAUGUGGCAAUUGUAACUGUACUCGCGGGUAUAAGAAGGAGUUUGCCAAGUACCAGUGGAUAUUCAAUGUUGUUGAUGCCAUGGGCAAAGUCCCUGCGGCUAUUUUCGGCGGUAAUAACUUAUGGACUGGCUCGUGGUACACCUGUCGCAAGAUCUCCGUGGAAAAAAACCAGCAAGGGGGAGUAAACAUUUGUUUAGAUGUCUUAUGUUGAGUUUGACUGAAAGGUUUGAUAUUUGAACCGACAUGUCUAAUUUAUUGUUUUAGGCCGUAAAAAAGUUUAAUUUGUUUUAAAAAAGUUUCAGCCAGAAAUGGAAUGGUCAAUAUUGUAUGGCCCGGUUCCAGCCCUACAACAAACACAAUCCCUUGAAGGCAUUCGUGGCCCAGCCCGCUGAUCUAGCCGCUGUAUGUAAGUACGUGGUUUGUGCUUCAGUUUAGGUUGAUUUUGGUUUAUUUUAUUUUUGUAGUGAUACUGUUAGUUGUUUUCUUUUUUACUUUAGUUAUUUCUUUAUAUCUAAACUUAUUAAUAUUGUUUAUGCUAUAGAAACAAAACAUCAACAGGAGUAGCCGAAGAAUGGAGCGAAGAUGACAAAAAGUGUUUCGACCUUCUGCCGCUUCUGAAUCUCGGCUUAUGCACUCCAGAUACUUGUACUGACUACGACGUCAAAAAGAUCAUUCAGUUCAGUAAGUUUUGAAAUUUAUGCAUUUUAUGACUUGAUGUUGACCUUUCAAACCUUUAUGUAUGUAUGGUUUAACAUAAAAUAUAUUGCAGUAUACCAUGCAGCCGAAGCGUCAGCAGGAAAAGAGCUGGUGUGUAAUGUCAAUGUAAAAUGCAGUAAUGCUCGACCUGAGAGCUCCAUGUGGAAUCAUCCAAGUUCCGUCGUUUUUGCGUAAGAUUUAGUAUUUGUGGUAUAUAAUAGACAUGACACAGUGACAUUAUCAGAAACGGUUUUUGGGUAGAACUGAGUUAAAACAAUAUCCUAGGUCUAGGACUUUUUGGUCCGGCCAAGAAAAACUAAACCAUCUUUGUCAUCAAAAAUUUUCAGAUGUUUUUUGCUUUUUAUCGCUACGUUGAUGGUAUUCGGAACGUUAUACGAUAUCUAUGUCGAACGGCCCAACAGACACAUCAUACUAAGGCGUAUCAAAGAAGAUGAACUUAUCUUUGGCCAGGAACAAAGCAAAGCCAGAGAAGCUCUAAAUCAACCCAAAAGUAGGUCGAAUAAAACUGAUAAAAGUGUAGUAUGCACAGGAUAGUUUACAUCGUAUUACUUUAGUGGCAUUUAGUUUCAUUUUGAUCACUUUUCAGCCGCUUUCGAGAAACUGUUGAUGAUAUUCUCCAUGGCCAGAAACAUAAAAUACAUCUUGGAUACAAAGACAGAAGCAGGUCAGAUAACAUGUCUACAUGGUUGCAGAUUCUUGAGUAUGUGCUGGAUUAUAUUUGGCCACACGUACUACUAUAUUUGCUCGAGUUUAACUACAGGUGAGGCUUAACUUACGCCUUUGUAGGACAGAAUGCAUAAUAUACUUAUUUAUAAUAAGUAUAUACCUAAAAAUUGUUUUUGUUUAUACGACUACGACUUCAGACAACCUUUUACAAACCUUGAAAGAGUUUCCGAAACAGUUCUACAACCAGCUGGUAGUCCAGGCCCCUUUGGCCGUGGAUUCCUUCUUCUUCUUGAGCGGCCUUCUAACUUCCUACAUAUUCAUUGGUAAAAUACGAAAAGGACAAGUCAGAAUCGACCUAUGGGUAACCUGGUUUGCCUACUACAUUCGACGGUACAUCCGACUUACCCCAGUGUAUGUAAUGAUCAUGUUGUUGGAGGUAACCAUCUUCUCCUACAUCUCGGAAGGCCCCUUCUGGCGUCCCAUUGAGCCAACGUACUGUGCCAACACGUGGUAUGUCAACUUGUUGUAUGUCAACAACUUCUUCAAACAAGACGAUGCGGUAAGGGAUUUUUAGUUAUAACGGAAAUUUUUUUUAUUUUUUGGAAAUUUUUUAAUUUUUGUGGGCGCAGUUUGCAACGACUGUUUUAUACGAUCAAACUGUUUUCAAACCAAAAAAAUUAAUAAGUGUUAUAGCUAUAUAUUAUUAUAGUACCCGUUUUCAGUGUAUGGGAUGGACAUGGUACAUGGCCAACGACUUCCAGUUCUACGUAUUUGCUCCUGUUCUAAUAAUAUUGUUGUACAAGUUCAAUGUCGGAGGGUUUUUGGUUGGAGUAAUGGGUUUGGUGAUGUCAUCAUUAUUGACGUUGCUUAUUACAUUACAAAAGGGAUACCCUCCAGCACCAAUUUUGACUUCUAAACUUACUAUGUAAGUUUAUAAAAAUGUUUACCGUAUUUUAGUUAGGGUUUGCGACGAUUUAAACUUAGGUUUGAACGAUCCUUCGGAGUAACAAUAUGAUUUAAAUUUACUUUCAGAGUGACAAUAUUGAACGACUACUGGGUGGACUUGUAUGUGAAGCCCUACACAAGAUGCGGUCCUUAUAUAGUGGGAUGUUUGGUCGGUUACCUGUUACUCGAGAAGUCUCGACCGAUGUUUAAAUUGAACAAGGCCAUGCUGAUCAGCUGUUGGAUCUUCUUCUCAUUGUGUGGGAUCUACUCAGUCUUUGGGUUGUUCAACUACACAAAAACAGGAGAGAUAACAACAACGUGGUACAUUUUGUACACUUUGUGUGGUCGGCCUGCUUUUGCAUUGUUUUUGGGGUGGAUCGUGUUUGCUUGUGAGACUGGAUAUGCAAGUAGGUAUUUCUUUUCAAGAUUUUAAAUUUUUGUGAAAAUGGCUAUUGUGUUACACGCUGAUAUGUAUCAAAAACAUUAAAUUAACUAUUAUAAUAUACUUGUUUCAGAUAAAAUCAACUCAAUACUGUCGCACAAGAUGUUUAUACCACUGAGUAAAACCACUUUCUGUGCGUACCUUAUUCACCCUAUCCUACUACAGACCUAUUACCUUAGUAGACCUACCGCCUUUCACUUUACGCAUUCUUUUCAACUUGUAAGUGCUAUUAUGUAUCAUUUUGCGUAAAAUACUUAAAGUAGUCUUAGAUGCACAAAUUUUUAAGAACGAUAGUAAUAGGCUUCUCAAUUCAGGCAUACAUGUUUUGUGUAGCCGUAUUCACAUCAUACUGCGCGGCUGUGAUAUUGUCAUUAGCAUUUGAAGUUCCUGUAAAUCACAUCGACAGAAUAAUAUUUGGAGAUGGGAAACCGAAGCAGCCCAACAAUGUAGCUGUGAGGCUGGAGGCGAUGGGGCCUAAGGAAGAAAAUAUUUUAAUCGAAAACGGGAAAAACGGAAAUUGA